AUGUGGAACAGCACCUGCUCAGUGUAGAAAACCUGUCGCCAGCAUAGUCAGCGUUGGGAAGGAAGCCAAGGUAAACACAACUCAGUUCCCCGAAACACAGCUACAAUUUGGAAGAUGAUGUAAAAUGUAAAGAGCGGACACUUGAAAAGCCCCUCCCACUUCAUGUUUUUCCGUGUCAUUGAGCCAGGUACUUUUCCUUCAUCAUCCCACCCGCCUUCUGCCCCCGCAGUAGCAGUUAGUUGCCGGGCAACACUGAGGGAUACUUCAGCACUGUAGGGGCUGGGAGUACCCUCAUGCUCUCAGGUCUUGGAUUUAACCCCGUUCUAGACUUUCUUUGGUCCUGGAUCAUUGCACUGUGCCAGGCUCCCAGUCGGAGGAGGUGAGGCUGAGGCUUUGGAAAGAGCUAAGUAGGAGAACCAGACCCACAAGUGGCUGGCUUCCAGUAAGUCUGAGGAAUUCCCAAGCAGGUUCUUCUCCAGGUUGGGUGCCUUUUGCUUGGCAUCUGUUUCCUUACAAAUAACAGUUCACCAGCAUCUCAUUCUCUUUCACAGACACACAAGCUCUAAGGUGGCAAAUGAUUUCUAGUCCUCAGAGAAGAACUCAUUACCAGGAAGUGCGGGAGACGACUGAAGCGUCCAAACUAUGGAAAGCUAAGGAACGUAAGGGAGAGCAAAGGCGUCAUCUCAGCCCUCCCGGAGCCGGUGCCUGCCUGCGAGCCCCAGAGUCCCCGCAGACGAGUCCCCGCCCGGGUCCGGUGGGGCCCCCGCCGUGGGAGGAGUCGGGCGCUGGCCGGCGACUAACGCGGGUUGGACUGCCGGACCAACUGAGGAGGGCCCCGGACUCCGGAGAGAGGGACCCCGGCGUCGCGAUCCCCCAGGAACCUCCUCUCCUCGAUCUGUGGCACCCACUAGUCCCGGGCACCCAGCCCCGGAGAGCCCCCGAUCCCGCGCGCCCAGCCCCGGGGGAGCCCGCCCCCGCCCCGCGGCCCGCCCGGGCCAUGCUCCCCCGGGGCAGCGGCUGAGCCCGAGCCGGAACCGGGACCUGAGCCCGCGCGGAGCAUGGAUCCAGACUGGGGGCAGCGGGACGUGGGCUGGGCGGCCCUGCUGGUCCUCUUCGCCGCCUCGCUGCUUACGGUGUUGGGCUGGCUGCUGCAGUAUGCCCGGGGCUUGUGGCUGGCGCGGGCCCGCGGGGGCCGGGGCCCGGGACCCGCCUUAGCUGCCGAGCCCGCCGGCUCCCUGCGGGAGCUGGGCGCUUGGCGCUCGCUGCUGAGGCUGCGGGCGACUCGGGCCGGCGCCCCUGAGGAGCCAGGCGUCAGGGGCCUCCUGGCGUCGCUCUUCGCCUUCAAGUCUUUCCGGGAGAACUGGCAGCGGGCUUGGGUGCGAGCGUUGAACGAGCAGGCCUGCAGGGAUGGGAGCUCCAUCCAAAUCGCCUUUGAGGAGGUGCCCCAACUCCCACCCAAAGCCAGCAUCAGUCAUGUGACCUGCACAGACCAAUCAGAGCGCACCAUGGUGCUGCAUUGCCAGCUCUGUGCUGAGGAGGUGAUGUUUCCAGUCUCUGUGACCCAGCAGUCCCCCGCUGCCGUCUCCAUGGAGACCUACCACGUCACUCUGACACUGCCACCAACACAGUUGGAAGUCAACCUGGAGGAAAUCCCUGGCGAGGGCCUGCUUGUAUCCUGGGCCUUCACGGAUCGCCCAGAUCUCAGGCUGACAGUGCUUCCCAAGCUGCAGAACAGGGAGAGAGGUGAGGAGCAAGUAGAGCUCUCCACUAUCGAGGAGCUGAUCGAGGAUUCCAUAGUCAGCACCCAGCCAGCUAUGAUGGUCAACCUCAGGGCCUGCUCUGCCCCUGGGGGCCUGGUACCCAGUGAGAAGCCACCUAUGGUGCCCCAAGCCCAGCCAGCCAUCCCCAGACCUACCCGGUUAUUCCUAAGGCAGCUUCGAGCAUCUCACCUGGGACGUGAGCUGGAAGGCACUGGGGAAGUGUGCUGUGUAGCUGAGCUCGACGACCCCAUGCAACAGAAGUGGACCAAGCCCAUGAGGGCUGGGCCCGAGGUGGAGUGGAGCGAGGACCUGGCACUGGAUCUGGGGCCCCAGAGCCGGGAGCUGAUCCUCAAAGUGCUGAGGAGUAGCAGCUGUGGAGACACUGAAUUCCUGGGCCAGGCCACAAUGUCUGUGGCCUCCCCUUCCAGACCACUGUCCCGAAGACAGGUGUGCCCACUCACCCCUGGGCCAGGUAAAGCCCUGGGGCAGGCAGCCACCAUGGCAGUAGAGCUUCAGUAUGAGGAGGGCUCCCCCCGGAACCUGGGCACUCCCACCCCCUCCACUCCACGCCCCAGCAUCACACCUACCAAGAAGAUUGAGCUUGACCGGACCAUCAUGCCCGAUGGCACCAUUGUCACCACAGUCACCACCGUCCAGUCCCGGCCCCGGGUAGAUGGCAAAUUAGACUCCCCCUCCCGCUCCCCGUCCAAGGUGGAGGUGACUGAGAAGACAACAACUGUGCUGAGCGAGAGCGGUGGCCCCAGCAGUACCUCCCACAGCAGCAGCCCAGGGGAGAGCCACCUUUCCAACGGCUUGGACCCUGUAGCAGAGACAGCCAUUCGCCAGCUGACUGAGCCCAGCGGGCGGGCAGCCAAGAAGACACCCACCAAGCGUAGCACACUCAUCAUCUCCGGGGUUUCCAAGGUGCCCAUUGCCCAGGACGAGUUGGCACUAUCCCUGGGCUAUGCGGCAUCCCUGGAAGCCUCAAUGCAGGAUGAUGCAGGGCCCAGUGGAGGUCCCUCUUCACCUCCCUCAGACCCACCAGCCAUGUCCCCAGGACCCCUAGAUGCCCUCUCCAGUCCCACGAGUGUCCAGGAAGCAGAUGAGACAACACGUUCGGACAUUUCUGAGAGGCCCUCUGUGGAUGACGUUGAGUCGGAAACAGGGUCUACUGGUGCGCUGGAAACCCGCAGCCUCAAGGAUCACAAAGUGAGCUUCCUGCGCAGUGGCACUAAGCUCAUCUUCCGCCGGAGGCCUCGUCAGAAGGAAGCCGGUCUGAGCCAAUCACACGAUGACCUCUCCAACGCGACGGCCACACCCAGCGUCCGAAAGAAGGCUGGCAGCUUUUCUCGCCGUCUUAUCAAGCGCUUUUCCUUCAAAUCCAAACCUAAGGCCAAUGGCAACCCCAGCCCCCAGCUCUGAGGGCCCUGCUCACCUCCUGAGCUAGGAGAGGGCAGGCAUCCUCUCAGCCCCUUCCCCACAUUCCCUUCCAUUCCCCUUCCUGGAUUCCCGGUAGCCUGGGCCAGGGAAGCCCUCUGGGUUCCAGGAAGCCCUGUCCACCCUGGGCUCUGGGGCUAGUUGGAAGGGGACUUGCAACGGGAAGUGUGUGAGAGGUGGACACCCGUUGCUGAGGACACAGAGGAGGGAGCGGGUGGCCCGGAGAAAGAGGAGGCUCUGUCCUGGUGCGUGUGGGCGAUCCUCGGACCCGCUGGCCUGCUGUUGGCACUGGCCCCUCAGAGGAGUCCUGGGGUGCUCGGCUCCUCAGCUGAUCCUUCCUCCCUUAUUUAUUCUCUUUUCUAUUUAUAUGUGUGGUCCCGGACCCUCAGUGAACAGGUAAUAGAGGGCAUCUCUCCCAGGUGACCCUUCUUCCCUAUCCCAGGAGGGUAGGCAAUUCCCUUUCGGAUGGGGCUCCCUCACCUCCCUCAGGUCCCCACUCCGACCAGCACCAAUGUCUGCCUCUGAGGACAUUGACAGCUCAUAGAAAGCCGGGCCGGUGCCCGGGAUGGGGGGCAGGUACUCCCCACCUCCCUGCCUCCCCUUCUGCUCCUCAUCCCUCCCUCCCCCUUUGUUACCGUUUUUGUACUUGAUGCCUUCUCUGUGAGCAGUGGCUCUGUUGGAAGGAGGGAGCCAGGAGCCUGAUGGGAAGCCUUUCCCCGAGAGAUGGCUUUAGGGGCUUUUUUUACAGAGUGUGUGAUGAUGGAGCAACAGCAGAGCUGCACCUCUGUAUAGUGGGAGAUGAUGAUGUCCAUUGCUGUGUGAUGGCCUGGAAUUUAAUUUAUUAAAGUCAAAUUGGAGUUUAUAAACUGGACAACUGGUCAUCCUUUGACAGGC